AUGUCAGAAAAACGAGAAAGAAAAAUUUUGGAUAUUGAAACUAAAUAUAAAUCGAUUCAAGAGAUUAAUCUUGGUAAACGUAAAAAACAGGACCUUGCAAACGAUUUUGGAAUUAAACAAAACACAUUAAGUUCAAUCUGGAAAAAUAAAGAUUCUGUCAUCAAUGCAUUCGAGACUACGUCGUUCAGCCCAGCCCGUAAACGAAUGCGUCAUGCCAGUAAUAGAGACAUUGAAAUGGCGCUGUUUGAGUGGUUUAAGACUGUACGAUCCCAAAAUGUGCCUAUUGAUGGACCUAUGCUUACACGAAAGGCUAAUUCUCUGGCAUGUGAGCUGGGCAUGGAAAAUUUUCAGGCAACAAACGGAUUUAUUGAAAGAUUCAAAAAUCGUCAUGGCAUAUCGAGCAAAACAUUAUCCGGUGAAGGUGCUUCCGUCGAUAAUUCACAAACUGAAAAUUGGAUGCAGUCAAAACUUCCAAGUUUAAUCAAGGACUAUGAACCAAAAAAUGUCUACAAUAUCGAUGAAACUGGCGUUUUUUAUAAAAUGACCCCAAAUAAAACACUAGAGGUAAAAGGAACAAAAUGUUUUGGAGGCAAACAAAGCAAGGACAGAAUCACAGUGCUUAUCGGCGCAAAUAUGGACGGUUCUGAUAAACUUAAACUUUUGAUAAUCGGAAAAUUCAAAAAUCCUAGAUGUUUUAAAAAUGUUAAAAGUUUGCCGGUAGAUUACGAAGCUAAUCGUCGUGCUUGGAUGAACUCAGAAAUAUUUAUCAGUUGGGUGAAAAAAAUUGACAAACAUAUGACACGUGAGAAAAGAUCUAUUCUAUUGUUUGUUGAUAAUUGCCCGGCCCAUCCGAAAAUCGAGGGAUUAAAAGCUGUAAAACUGUUGUUUUUCCCACCUACAUCUAAGUUACAGCCCUGUGAUCAAGGGAUUAUCUUUCAUUCAAAAGGCAUUACAGGUCACGUGUCCUUGACCAUAUUAUUUCAUGUCUAG